CCCCAACACCUUUUGCGAUUAUUUGGGAUUGCUUUUCCCUUGCCAAGUGGAGAGAAUUUGGGAAAAUAACAAACAAAAUAUUGUGUCUGAAAGAAAGGUUUGGGUAACAGACGUUCUGGAUAACAGGACAAACCAAUUUCACCACCAUGAGCUGGAGCUUCCUGACUCGACUGCUAGAGGAGAUCCACAACCAUUCGACAUUUGUAGGGAAGAUCUGGCUCACUGUGCUGAUUGUCUUUCGAAUUGUCCUAACUGCUGUAGGAGGAGAGUCCAUUUAUUACGAUGAGCAAAGCAAAUUUGUGUGCAACACAGAGCAGCCGGGCUGUGAGAAUGUCUGCUAUGAUGCCUUUGCGCCACUCUCCCACGUGCGCUUCUGGGUGUUCCAGAUCAUCCUGGUUGCAACCCCCUCUGUGAUGUACCUGGGAUAUGCUAUUCAUAAGAUCGCCAAAAUGGAGCAUGGUGAGGCAGACAAGAAAGCAGCGCGGAGCAAACCCUAUGCCAUGCGUUGGAAACAGCACCGGGCUCUGGAAGAAACAGAAGAGGACCAUGAAGAGGAUCCUAUGAUGUAUCCAGAAAUGGAGCUAGAAAGUGAAAAAGAAAAUAAAGAUCAGAGCCAGCCAAAACCUAAGCAUGAUGGCCGCCGCCGAAUUCGGGAGGAUGGGCUCAUGAAAAUCUAUGUGCUGCAGCUGCUGGCCAGGACUGUGUUCGAGGUGGGCUUUCUGAUAGGGCAGUAUUUCCUGUAUGGCUUCCAAGUCCACCCAUUUUAUGUGUGCAGCAGGCUUCCGUGCCCUCAUAAGAUAGACUGCUUUAUUUCUAGACCUACUGAAAAGACCAUCUUCCUUCUGAUAAUGUAUGGUGUCACAGGCCUCUGCCUGUUGCUUAACAUUUGGGAGAUGCUUCAUUUAGGGUUUGGGACCAUUCGAGACUCACUAAACAGUAAAAGGAGGGAACUUGACGAUCCGGGUGCUUAUAAUUAUCCUUUCACUUGGAAUACACCAUCUGCUCCCCCUGGCUAUAACAUUGCUGUCAAACCAGAUCAAAUCCAGUACACCGAGCUGUCCAAUGCCAAGAUUGCCUACAAGCAGAACAAAGCCAAUAUCGCCCAGGAACAGCAGUAUGGCAGCCAGGAAGAGCACCUCCCUGCUGAUCUGGAGACUCUGCAGCGGGAGAUCAGAAUGGCUCAGGAGCGCUUGGAUCUAGCAAUCCAGGCCUACCAUCACCAGAACAAUCCCCAUGGUCCUCGGGAAAAGAAGGCCAAAGUGGGGUCCAAAUCUGGGUCCAACAAAAGCAGUGUUAGUAGCAAAUCAGGGGAUGGGAAGACCUCAGUCUGGAUUUAAUCUUGGUUGGGCUUAAAACUUGGGUUUUCAUAGUUUAUGGUAAGCAGCGACUCGCUGAAUAAUGACUUCCAUUGAGUAAACAUUUGGCUCUGGUUAUCUUCAGGGAUGCUGCUGGCUCACGAUCCAAACUCAGGGGACUCUGAAGGUGGAGCUGGGAUGAGUGGGGAGAGGGAAACAGUGUUCCCAGGCACAUGUUCUCAGCAAUAAUGCAGUUGCAGAACCUUACGUUUGUGUCUUCCGGAUCCAGAGAAGAACAGACAUAUUUAAAUCAUUCUUGUUGAACAGUUUUUGUAUGUACAGUAUUAUGGUACAUUUUUUUAGUAUGAUAACUUUUUUUUGUAUUUGUACAUUGGACUGCUGUAGUUAUACUUUUUUAUAUU